GCUCAGUCACAUGUCACCAACUAUCUGAAGUCAUUAUGCCGCUGUUUAGCUGUAUUACAACUGGGCUUGAUACGUGUGUGGGGACUUUCGAGUAAGCUGCGAGGCGGUAUGGGUACACAUGUGCAUGUACAAAUAGCACGUAUGUAGCACCUCGUCGUCGACAAAUGUAUAGGGUCGGUUGCAAAUCCAACAACUGAAUGUCCCCUCCACAACCAGUUGUCCCCUCCGCUCCCUGCGUUGGGGCCUGCACUGCGACGACCUACGAUACCACAUCGACUCGUAGCGAUCGAACCCGUUCCCUCGAAACGAAAACAAAUGCCGCACGCCAAACGCCAGUGACUGUCAGUGUCUCAAGCAGACGACGCUGUUUUUGACGUUUGACGAGAAACAAAGGGAUACAUGCAAAACAUACGAAUAUACGUGGCUCUUAGAAAAUUGAAAAAGUACAAGUAUUAUUCAUUAAGAAAAUGUCAUCAACUGGACAAGUGAUAAAGAGUGUUGGCCCAAAAUUAGUACCAUUCUUCAAAAGUGUAUCAGUCUAUUUUGUGUUAUUGGCGGAACAGCCAUCUCUGUUAACCGCCUGCUUCAAAUGUUUGCCAAUUAUCAGCCUGAUCGUGUUCAUCUUACUCCAUGGAAUCAACUUGUCCGAAGAAUACGCGUUUCCGCGGAGGAUAUUAACUGGAUUGUUAUUCAGCUGCAUAGGAGAUGCCCUACUGGUGUGGCCAACUUGUUUCGUACCAGGAAUGGGAAUGUUUGCAGUUGCUCAAGCCGUUUACAUUAGUGCAUUCGGCUUUGCUCCAUUAAGUCCAAUAUUGGGAGCAAUUUUGUACGCACUUUGUACGAUAGUUAUUUACCUCUUGCUACCCGGACUUAACGGUAUCUUGACAAUAGGAGUACCUCUGUAUACAAUACUUGUCACAACAAUGGCCUGGAGAGCGAUUGCAAGAGUACAAUUUUUCGAGGAACUAUGGACCUGGACAAAAAUGUGCAGCUGUGCUGGUGGUAUAUUCUUUGUAAUAUCUGACGCUUUACUUGGUUUUCACUGCUUUUACAGUCCCAUACUAUAUGCUCAGGUAAUUAUAAUGGCGACUUAUUACGCAGCGCAGUUUGGAAUAGCCUUGAGUGCGGUAGACACAAGAGACAAUGUUAAAUCUCUCAAGCAGCGACGAUGAAUCCUUCAAAAGCAGGUACAGCUCUGCAGCCUCCAAAAUUGAAACCAACUACAGCUGGAGCACAGUCAAUAUUCAACUUUCUGGCAACGCGAUUUAGUGCUGGAACUGUACAAAACGAAUAGAGACAUAUUUUGCAAUA